CAUAAAUAUUAUCUUCCAUUCAUUACCCUCCCAAUUAAUUGGCUCUCUUCUCUCCUCUUCUCUUCCUUGUUCUCAAGAAUCUACCGCCACCCAUCCGCCGCCGUAUGAUCUGUUUCGUGGCAGCGGUUAAAUCAUCUUUUUGAUAUUUGUAUUGAUAUGGGUUGUGGUGGUUCAAGGCUAGGAGGUGUGGCGGCGGCAAGAGCGGAUGAGGGAGGCGUUGUGCCACUUCCGGCGGGAAUACGUCCGCUUCUCCGGCGUAGAUUAGACGAGAUGAAGAAACGGAGCCAUGCAAACGUCUUUAAAGGGAACAAUACGCUAUCCAAGACGGAGUUUCUAAGGCACAAUUCCUCCGAGGACGGAGAUGAGAAGGAGGAGAACGUCGAAAGCUUGAAGUUAUCGUCUAAGGUGGCUCCUGCGCCUGAACAUCACGUGGAAGAGAAAAAAGAGGUUAUUUAUGAGAAGGUUUCGUCCAUAGAUGAGGUUAAAGAGGAGGAAGAGGUUGUGAAGAAACAAGAUGAGAAAAAUGAUGAUGCCGUCAAUGUUAAGAAAGAAGGAAAUGAUGGUAUAAAUCAUGAUGAGAUCAUCAUUGCUAAGAAGGAAGGAGGUGAUGGUGUUGCUCAAGAUGGUCGUAUAAAUCUUGAUGAGGUCAUCAUUGCUAAGAAGAAAGGAUAUAAUGGUGUUGAUCAUGAUGAAGGGAGGAUGAGCAAUUUAGAUGAGAGGAUGAUAUGUCCUGGAUCUCCAAGCUUUCGGGUUUAUUGUAUCGAUGUUGCUUCUGAUGAUGACGAAGAAGAAAAAUAUGGUGAAGUUGCGAGAAAGUCGAUGGAAACCGAAAGCAUCAGUAUAGAGCCAAAAGAGGACGAAAGCAUCGUGAAAAAGGAGAAAAGAGAAAGAAAAGGAAAUAGAUUCGGAAUAGCAUUGCCAAGGAAGUAUUUAGCUAAUGUGACUGCACAGUGCUAUGCCAAUGCAGGAUGCAUGGGCAAUAACACUCACACUCGACGUGUGCAAGAGAAAUCGAGCCAGUGAGUAUUAUGAUUGCCAUCUUUAAAUUGAUUUGUUCAAAGAAGAAUGAUGCGUGGUGUAAUGGUGUACGAGGCUAUAAUGAGUAUUCAAAAACCACCCCAACAUGCAAAACACUAAUACCCUUUUAAUUAGACUUUUAUUUGUUUUGAGAGACGCUUGUUUCAGAAUUUGUACACCUCUUCGUCUCUUUGCUUUCUCUCAGGAUAAGUUAGUGUUUGACGAAUUUUACCUUUUUUACUUUCAUGUGGAAAAUAUGUAAGUAAUUGAACUUGCGCAAUGAGAAGAUGUUUUUACUUG